UCUCCCGGCCCCGCGCCCCGCCGGCGGCAGCGACUGGUGCGGUGCGGUGCGGUGCGGUGCGGUGCUGUGCUGUAGCCAUGUGGCUGGCGGCGCUGGCGGCGCUGCUGGCGGCGGCGGGGGCGCAGUACGAGCGCUACAGCUUCCGCAGCUUCCCGCGGGACGAGCUGAUGCCGCUGGAGUCGGCCUAUCGCUACGGGCUGGACCAGUACAGCACCGAGAACUGGCCCGAGAGCGUCAGCUACCUGGAGGUCAGCAUGCGGCUGUACCGCCUGCUGCGGGACAGCGAGGCGUUCUGCCACCGCAACUGCAGCGCGGCCGGGCAGCCGCCCCCCGCGCCCGCCGCGCCCGCCAGCGCGGCGCUGGAGGAGCUGCGCCUCCUGUCCGGGGUGCUGCGGCGGGCGCAGUGCCUGCGGCGCUGCAAGCAGGGGCUGCCCGCCUUCCGACAGGCGCAGCCCGGCCGCGAACUGCUCGAGGAGUUCCAGCGCCGCGAGCCCUACAAGUACCUGCAGUUCGCCUACUUCAAGGCUAAUAAUAUUCCAAAAGCUAUUGCAGCAGCUCACACAUUUCUUCUGAAGCAUCCAGAUGAUGAAAUGAUGCAAAGAAAUAUGGCCUACUAUAAGAGCAUACCUGAUGCUGAGGAGCAUAUUAAAGACUUGGAGAUAAAGCCUUAUGAGAAUCUCUUUGUCAGGGCAGUGAGAGCGUACAAUGGCGACAAUUGGCGGACAUCCAUCUCGGACAUGGAACUGGCUCUUCCUGAUUUCUUCAAAGCCUACGACGACUGCAUAGCAGCCUGCGAAGGCUCCCGAGAGAUCACAGAUUUUAAAGACUUCUAUCUUUCCAUUGCAGACCAUUAUAUUGAAGUCCUUGCAUGCAAAGUGCAGUGUGAGAGCAAUCUGACACCCAUUAUAGGAGGCUUUGUCGUUGAAAAAUUUGUGGCCACCAUGUACCAUUACUUGCAGUUUGCUUAUUAUAAAUUGAAUGACAUGAAGAAUGCAGCUUCCUGUGCUGCCAGUUACCUUCUGUUUGAUGAGAAAGAUGAAGUAAUGAAACAGAACAUGGUCUAUUACCAGUACCACAAAGAAAAAUGGGGACUUAAAGAGGAGGAUUUUCAGCCCAGAUCGGAGGCAGUUCGAUACCACAACAUUACCACACUCCAGCUGGAAAUGUAUGAAUUUGCGAAGGAACAUCUGAUGGAUGAUGAUGAGUGUGGAAAACAUUCUAGUGUCUCUUGUUCUUCACAUUUUUGCCGCAUUGAAGCAUGGCUUGUGAAGAUCCGUGGUUGAAAAUGGAGAAGGGUGAAGUUGUGGAAUUCCUUGAUGAACUGUUAGAAGUGGAUGAAAAGAAUGAAUCCUGAUGAAUGAAACCAGCAUGAAGUAUUUUACAAGUGAAGACUCACCAUUGCUCCUUACUAUUAUUUUUGACCACCUGUAGUUCCAGUUAGAAAUACCUCAAAGGUGCUUCUUUAAGCUGCACCUUUUGUCCCAAGAUCCACUCCUGAAAGGUCACUUCUGUGCUGCACUGACUCUUCUGUGAGCGUGGCUUUUCACCGUGCAGAAAUGGUGCACAUGAGUUUCCCCCUUGAGCUUUCUUUCCCUUACACAAACACAACAGAACAGAGUAUUUCUGUUUUCUGGGAUGACAUUAAGGUUCCUCAUUUCAGUGUUGUUCUGCUAAGUUGUAGCAGUACGGCUAAAUUCUCAAGAACUUUUGUCACAUUAUGAACUAUGGAAGAUAUAACAGUUCCUCUUUCUGAGCUAUGAAUUGUAUUAUUUAUAUAUGUCUUUUUAUGUGAUGGUGAAUAAAGUGAUAAUGAAUCCCAGUGCACCUGAAAGAUAUUAAGGUACAUUUAAAUACCUGAAAGAAGGUGUUUAACAAAGCACAACUAAUGAUCUUGUAAACAUUGCUCAAAGAAUUCUGAAAGCAGUGUUGAUCUGUCUUGAAAGCUAAAUUAAAUUCCACGAUGUGAAACUGAGAAUAAAAAUGAUUUUUUUCUUCUA